AGGUUAUUUCCAUCUCGAAUUAUGCUUUACCUGUUGGCAGAGAGUUCCUCCCAUCAUUUGAGUUUGUCGACAGGGUGCGCAUGUUGUGAAGUGACCUUUUCUCUCAACCCAUCAGUUUCUCCCUGAGCCAGAGCGUCGUGCCAAAGAUGGCGAAAGACUGUGUUCCUCCAGCACAACCACCACCAUAUCAGCCUUCAGUUGCCACAGCCCCUCAAAGGAAGGUGCUGCUCCAGGGCUAUGUCCAAGAAUCACGGCUAUGGACCACCGCAGCAGGGCUACGCACCUCCCAAUAACAGGACUAUGGGCCGGAGCAAAAAUCCACCAUGAUUCAUAUCCACACUCAAUGAUGAUGCAACAACAGCAAGCAUGUAACAACGUUGUCGUGCAACAACCGACGUCGCACUCGACGGUGAUUGUAAAGCAAAAAGGGUCUGUUAACCAUUGUCUCCACUUCUUGAUUACCUUAUUCUUCUUUCCGUGGGUAUUCGUCUGGAUCUGUCUGUGUAUCUGUGGCUGA